UAAUACAUUAUUUAUUAGCUUUGUCGAAAUAUAAAAACCAAAUUGAUAAAAAGUAUCAGUUUAAAGUGUUGGCCAAUAUGGUUGUGUCAACAGAACCGGUACCGUUCGCAAAUUCCAUUUUAUCUAAUGCCUAUCUUACAGCGCUAUUUGGUGCUGUAGCUGUACUAGCUAUAUACCAUUUUUGGUUUCAAUCCUUACGCUAUGUUAAGUUGGCAAGUAAAAUACCUGGACCGACGCCUCUACCAGUCGUGGGUAAUAUAUUUAUUGCCCUCGGACUUUCACCAAAUGCUUUUAUGAAAAGAGCUUAUGAAUUGUUUAAACAAUACAAAACCGAUGUAGCUAAAGCUUACGCUGGUCCAUAUUUGUACACACUGCUGGCAAAUCCUAAUGAUGUAGAGUUAAUUUUAGGGAGUCAACAACAUUUAGAAAAAUCAUGGGAGUACAGAUUAUUUGAGCCAUGGCUGGGCGAUGGUCUCUUAAUAAGCAAAGGCGAGAGAUGGCGGAGUCACAGAAAAAUGAUAGCCCCAACGUUCCACUCAUCAAUAUUAAAAUCUUUUUUCCCGGUUUUCAAUAAAAAUGCUAACCGACUGCUGGAAAAAUUGGAAAAGGAAAAAGGGAAACUGUUUGAUUGUCACGAUUACAUGAGUGGUGCUACAGUGGACACGCUUCUAGAAACUGCAAUGGGUGUAGAAAAAACUGAUAAAGAUAAUACUGGAUUUGCAUAUGCCAAAGCAGUAAUGGACAUGUGCAAUAUUCUACAUAUCAGACAUUAUAAAGUUUGGUUAAGGCCAGAAUUCAUUUUCAAAUGGACUAAAAUGGCAGGAAUACAGUCGAGCUUACUAAAUUUAAUUCAUAGCUUAACUAGAGAAGUUAUUAAACGGAAAAAAAUAGACUACUACGAAAGGGUGUCCAAAGGUGAACAAAGCUUAUAUAAGGAGGCUGUGAAAGAGGAAGAGAAAGCUUUGAAAAAUAAGAACACAGAAAAUUAUAAAUACAUUCACGACGACUUGGAAGAUAUAGAAGAGAACGACAUUGGAGAAAAGAAAAGAUUAGCUUUCCUAGAUUUCAUGAUCGAAGCCAGUCAGACAUCAGGGAACAAAUUGUCAGAUGAAGAUAUUAAGGAGGAAGUUGACACCAUUAUGUUUGAAGGACAUGACACCACUGCUGCUGCAUCAAGCUUUGUCCUCUGUCUUCUUGGAGUUCACAAAAAUAUUCAAAAAGAAUGCAUAAAAGAAUUAAAAGAGAUUUACCAUGAUAAUUGGGAGAGACCUAUUACGUUUGCUGACACCCUCCAAAUGAAGUACCUCGAAAGAGUCAUUAUGGAGACUUUAAGGUUGUAUCCACCAGUACCUAUAAUUGCUAGAAAAGUACACCAGGAUGUAAAGUUAGUAAGCGCUGAUUAUACAAUUCCGGCUGGUACUAGUGUGGUAGUAUCCCAAUACGUUACUCACAGACAUCCCCAAUUUUGGAAAGAACCAGAAGUAUUUAAUCCAGACAACUUUUUGCCGGAAAACUGUGCAAACAGGCAUUACUACUCAUACUUUCCUUUUAGCGCUGGCCCUAGGAGUUGCGUGGGUCGCAAAUACGCCAUGCUGAAGCUGAAAGUAAUAUUGGCCAGUGUUUUAAGAAAAUUCGAAAUCACGUCUCCCCAAGUUGAAGCCGACUUUCAGCUUCAAUCCGAUAUCAUUUUGAAGAGGACCGACGGAUUCAAAAUUAGAAUUCAAGACAGAAUAAUGGCAUAAGAUAAUUUAGAGUUUAAAUUAUUAUUACUUUAGUUAAAAUUGACUGUGUAUACAUUGUGCGUAGAAUAAAUUUAAUUUAAAACUAAUAAAACACUACAAGAUUUCUA